UAGUUAAUGUUUUUAUAUAAUAAUGUAAAUUAAUUAUGUGUGUAUUAUUUAACUGUAAUAUAUAAAUUUCUUAAUAUGCAUUGUUAUUUAUUGUUUUUAAUGGAUCCAAUCAUGCGUCAGGAAUUUAGUUGUUAUAUGUUUAAUGUGUGGUGUCAUUCCUCACAUUCCUUUCUCGUCUGUGUCUGGUGCAGUUUCUCGUGAUUUUUUCAUUUGUUGUGUGAAGAAUGGGUAAAAAAUUGAGUGAAAGUUUACUGUCAGCUUGUGUUCUUUGUGUCGGUGAUGCAUGUACGUUGUCAAGAAUUUCAGGAUUCGCUGUUGUCAUUAUUUUUUUGCCAUAAAGUGUGAAUUUAAAUUCGUAAUUGCUGGUAUUUAUUAAAGUAAAGAAAUGAAACGUAAGAUAACAAUUUUUAAUAUAUCCAGAAAUGGAAGCGUCAAAUCAAAGAGAUACAGAGGACUUGGAAGUAAAUUUUGAAUCAGAGCCAUCAAAUAAGUCACUGUUUCUGGAAAAGGUACGUCAGUCCAAUGCUGCCUGUCAGAGUGGAGAUUUUUCAGCUGCCAUUAGGCUUUAUACUGAAGCUAUUGUUCUUGAUCCUGGAAAUCAUGUGCUGUACAGUAAUCGUUCUGCUGCAUACAUUAAAGUGGGAAAAUUUGGUCGUGCAUUGCAAGAUGCUAUUAAGGCACGAGAACUUCAUUCAAAAUGGCCUAAGGCAUAUUAUCGACAAGGAGUUGCUCUACAAUGCCUGGGGCGUCAUGCAGAUUCCUUGGCAGCUUUUGCCUCCGGGUUAGCCCAGGAUUCUAAAAAUCUCCACCUACUUGCUGGACUUGUUGAAGCUGCAAUGAAAUCACCUCUAAGAGCUACACUUGAACCUACGUACAGACAGCUUCAAGCUAUGCGUCUUGAUAAAUCUCCUUUUGUUAUAACAUCUGUUGUAGGCCAGGAACUUCUAGCUACAGGCCACCAUGCAGCUGCAGUAGUUGUUUUGGAAUCUGCACUUCGUAUUGGCACUUGCAGCCUUAAGUUGAGAGGAUCGGUUUUUUCUGCUUUAAGUUCAGCAUACUGGGCAUUGAAUACUCUUGAUCGGGCUAUAGCUUAUAUGCAGCAAGAUCUUGCAGUAGCAAAAUCUUUAGGUGAUCAAGCUGGUGAAUGUCGUGCUCAUGGAAAUUUAGGAUCAGCUUACUUUUCAAAAGGAAAUUAUAAAGAAGCACUUACCAGUCACAGAUAUCAAUUAGUACUUGCCAUGAAGUGUAAAGAUACGUAUGCUGCAGCAUCUGCUCUUACUAGUCUUGGUCAUGUCUACACAGCAGUAGGUGACUAUCCAAAUGCUUUAGCCAGCCACAAGCAGUGUGUGCAGUUGGUUCGACAGGUAGGUGACAGACUUCAAGAAGCUCGUGAAAUUGGCAAUGUUGGGGCUGUGUAUUUGGCUAUGGGAGAUUUUGAUCAAGCUGUUGAAUGUCAUUUAGAACAUUUGCGAUUAGCAAAGCAAUUAGGAAAUAAAGUUGAAGAAGCCAGAGCUUACAGUAAUUUAGGUUCAUCUCAUCAUUAUAGAAGAAAUUUUGAACAAGCUAUAACAUUUCACAAUCAUGUUUUAAGAAUAGCCCAAGAAUUAGAUGAUAAAACAAUAGAAGCUCGUGCUUAUGCUGGAUUAGGUCAUGCUGCUAGGUGCAUGGGUGACUAUCCACAAGCUAAAAAGUGGCAUGAGAAACAACUAGAUAUGGCUUUGAGUACCAAAGAUAAGGUAUCAGAAGGACGAGCAUGUUCAAACUUGGGUAUUGUAUACCAGCUUUUGGGAGAUUUUGAUGCUGCUCAUAAACUUCACCAAGCUCAUUUGAAUAUUGCUCGUGCUUUGGGUGAUAAAGCUGGCAUGGGCCGAGCAUACGGAAACAUAGGAAAUGCAUACAGUGCAAUGGGACGGUAUGAGCAAGCUAUAAAGUUUCACAAGCAAGAACUUACUAUAUCUAAAGAAGUGAAUGAUAGGAGUGCUGAAGCAUCCACACAUGGUAAUUUGGCUGUAGCAUACCAAGCAUUGGGCAUGCACGAAAUGGCACUUUUGCAUUAUCAUAGCCAUUUGAACAUAGCUCAAGAAUUAAAGGAUACUGCAGGAGAAGCUUGUGCUUUAUGUAAUUUGGGAAACUGCCAUAGUUCUAGAGGCGAAUUUUCACAAGCUGUGCCAUAUUAUGAAAGCUUUUUACGUUUAUGUCAAGAAAUAAGUGAUGUAGAAGGUGAAGCAAAGGCAUGCCAUUUUUUAGGAUAUGCCCAUUAUUGCCUGGGUAAUUACAAGGAAGCAAUUCAUUAUUAUGAACAAGACCUUGAACUGGCAAAAGAUUUACAAGAUCGACUGAGUAUGGGUAGAGCAUAUUGUAAUCUUGGUUUAUCACAUCUUGCUCUUGGAAAUUUCCAAGCUGCAUUGGAAUGUCAAAGAUAUUUUCUGGCUGUUGCUCAGAUGAUGAAACAUCUGCAGGGAAAGUUUCGUGCUCUUGGCAACUUGGGUGAUGUUUUAAUGAAAAUGAAAGAUCCCAACCAGGCAGUUAAGGUAUAUCAGAAACAACUUAUUCUUGCAAAACAAAGUGGAGAUCGAACUUUAGAAGCUGUUGCAUAUGGUGCGCUUGGACUUUGCCAUAGACAGAUGCAGUGUUUUGAUAAAGCACUGGGAUACCAUACCCAAGAAUUAACCCUUCGGCAAGAAUUGAGCGAUGUCCGAGGAGAGUGUAAAGCUCAUGGGCAUUUAGGAGCUGUACAUAUUUCUUUAGGAAAUUAUACAAAUGCCAUGAAGUGCUAUGAAGAGCAAUUAGAACGUGCCAAAGAAUUGCGUGAUUGUGCCUUAGAAACACAGGCUCUUGGGAAUUUAGGUAUAUCCAGAUUGAAUAUGGGACAUUUUGAAGAUGCAAUAGGUUACUUUGAACAACAGCUGGCCCUUUUAGAGCAGCUUGGAAAUAAUAAUGCCCUUAUUGACAAAGGAAGAGCCUAUGGAAACCUUGGUGAUUGUUAUGAUGCUCUUGGAGAUUUUGAAGAGUCCGUUAAAUGUCAUGAACAGUAUCUAGCAAUUGCUUUGAAAGGUCAAUCAUUGAGAGAUCAGGAAAGAGCAUAUAGAGGCCUUGGUAAUUCUCAUCGAUGUAUAGGCAACUUACAGCAAGCUUUGGUAUGCUUUGAGAAAAGACUUGUUGUAUCACAUGAACUGGGAAAUACAAGUGCAAAAGCAGCUGCAUAUGGAGAAUUAGGUGGUAUUCAUAGUCAGCUAGGUAAUUUUGAACAAGCCAUUGCAUGUCUUGAGCAUCAGCUCAAUUUAGCAAGAGAAAUGUCUGACAGAAGUGCUGAAGCUGAUGCUGCAUGUGGUCUUGGUUCUGUUUAUCAGCAGAUGGGAGAUCACCAGAGAGCUCUGAAAUACCAUCAAAUGGAUCUUGACAUAGCAGAGGAGACUAACAAUAUGGCUGCCCAAGGACGAGCAUAUGGAAAUUUAGGAGUUGCUCAUGAAUCUCUUGGAAACUUUGAGCAAGCUAUUGUAUAUCAAGAACAGCAUCUGAGUAUAGCUGCUCAAAUAAAUGACAAAGUGGCUAAAACUCUUGCAUAUAGCAGUUUAGGAAGAGUUCAUCAUGCUUUAGGUAAUACUCCUCAAGCAGUUGCAUACUUGCAACAAGGUUUGUUGAUAGCAGAACAACUUGGUAGGAGAGAAGAUGAAGCAAGAAUUCGUCAUAGACUUGGACUGGCUCUGUGGGGCAAUGAUGAUCUGGAAGGUGCUCAGCAGCAGCUUUACAGGGCAACAGACUUAUUUGAAAGUAUUAGGCGAGAAGCACGAGGAACGAGUGAUUACAAAUUAUCACUCUUUGAUCUUCAGACUGCUUCAUACCAAGCCUUACAGAGAGUACUUGUUGGCUUGGGACGCUAUCAGGAAGCUUUAGUUGUGGCAGAAAGAGGUAGAACACGAGCAUUUGUUGAUUUACUUUUAGAAAGGCAAACAAGUACAGCUCAAAGUGUGCUUAAUUUUAACCCAGCAAAUGUUGAACAAAUCUAUGAUAUAGUCAGUCGACAGAAAGCUACUGUGUUGUACUACAGCAUAGCGGCUGGAUACUUAUAUACAUGGUUGGUUGUGCCAAAUAAAGGUAUAGUGAAAUUUCAUGAAAGCAACAUCAGUGAUGUUGAAAAUGAUAAUGUUGACGAAACCAAUGGAGCAGUACCCUCUGCCAGCUCUUUAUUAGAACAGUAUAUUGCCCAUGUCAGAGAAGCAUUGGGUGUGGAUAUACCAUCAACACAGAAUAAUGGAACCCUUAGUGAAACCGAAAGUGAAGCUGGUGACUUAUGGAAUCAGCAGCUAGAAGAAUUAGGUGAUCGUUUAAAUCAAGAAAAUGAUCGUACUGGAUUUUUAAGAAUGGUGAACAGGAAUCACCUCUUCAAUAGUAGUAACUAUAGCUUGAGCAGCCUUUUCAGUGUUGGAAGUCUUGGUGGAAGCAUUGCAAGCGGCCUUACAAGCAGACCAGGAAGUAUUAGGUCACGUAGAUCUCAGUGGCAGGGCCCUGCUCCCCUUCAUGCUUUAUAUGAUCUCCUGAUAGCUCCCGUUGAAGAGCAUUUACCUCGGGAUCCAGAUUUACAAGAAUUGUUGCUCGUUCUUGAUGGUGAUCUUUAUUUAGUUCCUUUUGCAAUUUUGAAAAAUAGCAACUGUGAUGAAUAUCUUUGUGAAAGGUUUAGCUUGACUGUUCUACCUUCAAUAAGUGCCUUAAAAGCGAGCCAGCGAUCAAAAAUUAUAAGACAAAAUAACAGCAAAGAUAUAUCUUCUGCUUUGGUUGUAGGAAAUCCCAAAAUUCCAGCCAUUGUAUCUGAACAGUGGGGUUGGAAUGAUAUACCUCAGGCUGAACAGGAAGCAUCUUUAGUUGCUGAGAUCUUAUCAACUAAAGCUAUCACAGGUAGUUGUGCCACAAAAGAAAACAUUUUAAACCAGUUAUCUCAAGCUGAAUGCAUUCAUUUUGCAACACACAUUUCAUGGAAACUAUCAGCUGUUGUUUUGUCACCAGGAGAAUUUAUGGAAUCAUCUCGCCAUUUUUCACAUGGUUCUCAGUCAGAAACUAGCCAUGAAAAUAAUGACUACUCUGAAGAACCCACUUCUGAACUUUCAUCCACAGAUUUACCACCACUUUCUGAAUUUUUACUCACAGCUGCAGACAUUUUAAACCUCCGAUUAUCAGCUCGUUUAGUAGUAAUAAGUUCGUGCCAUACAAGGAACCACCAUGGUCGUGCUCACUCUGAUGGUGUGGUUGGCUUUACAAGGGCACUUUUGGCAGCUGGUGCACAAUGCGUAUUAGUGUCAUUGUGGCCUGUUCCUGAUGCAGCUGUAAAAAUUCUUUUGCGAACUUUUUACUCAGCUUUACUGCAGGGUAGUAAAGUAAGUUUAGCUUUGGCUGAAGCUAUGAGAACUAUACAAACAACAAAACACUUUGCUCAUCCUGCUAAUUGGGCCAGCUUUGUUCUCGUUGGGAGUGAUGUACAUCUCAGUAAUCAAGUUGCUUUAAUGGGACAGGCUUUGUCGGAUCUGUUAAAGACACCUGAUAAAUGUAGUGCUGCUUUGCGUGUUGUUUUACAUUUGGUUGAGAAAUCACUGCAAAGGAUUCACAGAGGGCAUAAGAAUGCUAUGUAUACUACUCAAAAAAGUAUUGAAAACAAAGUGGGACCUGUAAAUGGUUGGAAAGAAUUGCUAAUAUCUGUUGGCUUUCGCUUUGAACCUGCAUCAAAUGGUUUGCCUGCAUCAGUCUUUUUUCCUCAGUCAGAUCCUGGUGAAAGACUGACUCAGUGUAGUGCUAGUUUACAAGCUCUGUUAGGUCUAUCUUCAGUAUCUCUGAAUGCAAUUACAAAACUUCUUUCUAGUCCUGAAUAUGCAGAUGAUAUUAUUCAACUGAUCCGUCAAGUUAUGUCUCAGUUUCUCCACAAGGAUCAGGAUGCCGACAACAUUGAGUGUUCAGUUAGCGUUAGAUUAUGGAGUAUACCUGGUUGUCAUGAAUUGUUAGCUUCUUUAGGAUUUGAUUUAAUGGAAGUUGGGCGUGAUGAGGUCAUGCUUCGUAUGGGAAAACAAGCCAACAGGAGGACUAUUCAGUUUGCCUUGCAAGCAUUACUUGCAGUUUUUGAUACUCAAGAAGCUGCAAAAAGCUUGACUUUAGAAGAUUCAAGUUCCCUUGAAAGCUUGGAUAGUGUGCCUAGUGAUACCAGAACUGUUUCUCCCCCACCUGCAGCCACAACAACUUUGGCAUACCCUACAUGGCGUCCUGUCAUUGGUAACCAAGUCCUUGGCAGGAGUAGUACAGGGGCAUUUAGUACAUAUGCUCGUACUCGUGGAGAACCAGAUGGCCGUACUGCAACUAUUGGAAGUGAUCAAAAAGGCAGAGAAAGUGACACAUUUACUCCAAGUCCUGUAGACACUAUGAAACCUUAUGGAAAUAAUCAAACACAGAAACAGUCUCCACAACCAAGUCCUCAUUUAGCUAUUAAUCUUUCUCACCAAAGCAAAAUUCGAUGUAUGUAUAAUGAUAGUCCAGCCAGUGAUAAUAAUGGCACUCGUCCUGACAGUUCUUCAUCUGCAAGUUCUGCCACUGAUUGGGAUUCAGGACAGUCCACUGUCAGAAGGCAAAUCACAGCACGAGAGGUAGAACCUGUUCCAGUUAAAGAUCACUCAAGUUUACAUUCGUAUUCUGGUCUUAAGAAAAGUGUAUGUAAUAAUCCAUUAAGUGUAAAUCAUUCAAAGCAUUCCUCUGUUAACUCUUUAAAUGGUGAUAAUGAGAUAUCAGAAUCUCAUGACAAUUCAGAGUUUGACUUUUCAAGCAAUAAUUCUGAUGUGGGAAAUUUCUCGACACAAGUGCCUAACUUCAAUCUUGCAGCAUCGAGUGUUAAGAGUGAAAUGAAGAGAAAAUCUUGUAUGUUUUCUACUGUUGUAAAUAAAACUAUAAGUAAAGACUUCUGCAGGAAGGGUGGAUCUAAAGCUGAUCAGGAAAGACAUUAUUAUAAAAGAGCUAAUACACUUAGCCAUAUGGUAGAAACAAAGGCCCAAAUCCAUCAGUCAGAUACAACAAAUGAAACUUUUCAAGCUAGUAGUGAAACUGGAAUUUAUGCUCCUUGUCUUGAGGGAAAAACACAAGAAAAUAUUGACAUUCUUGAAAUAUGUGUGCCAUCUACUGUAGGUUGUAAUGCUCGUGAAAAAUCUAUAUAUAUGCCACAAGCCUUUCAUAAUAGUUUAAUUGGUAAAAAGGAUCAUAGUGGUAAACACAUUUUGAACACUCAGCUUAGACAUUUAAGCCAGGAAUUGCCAAUUUCUGAUGUGUAUCAUGAUCGAAAUGUAGGCUUAGGUUUAGCACCAUCACUUUCAAAGAUUCUGGCUACUGAUAAUAUUAAUGUUUUAAAUGAAGAUAACUCUUCUGAAACUGGUCAUAGUAUAGCCAUGAAUCUAAAUAGCAAUCUGAAACAUAUCCCACCAUGUCAGAAACCUCCCUUGCCUCCUAAACAUCCACCAAUACCAUAUAGUCAUUCCCAUACGAACCAUAGGAAUUCAGCAAAUGAAAAUUGUCCGAAAGAUGAAAGUUUUAAGAAAACGGUUUCAGGUAUAAAUUCUAUAAAUUGUGGUGUUCGUGAUCAGGGAGAUGGAGGUUCAUUUACCGAUCUGAGUUGCCCCAGUCAAAACCAGGAUUUAUUUCCUCCAUCUUUAAAGGUGUUUUCUUCCUUUUUGAACAGCAUUGAAAAUAAUCAGUUACCAAAAUGUCAUAAUAGAGAUAAUGGUAAAAAGUCAAAGUCUGAGAUUCUGCAAACUGAAAAUUUACCUGCAUUUAAAAACAAAGUUGUCAGCUCUGUAGAUUCAUCUCCUACUAUGGAUGAGAGUGUUCAUAAACUAGACUGUAGCAAAAACUUUUCUCAUUUUAAUAGUGGUUUUGAGUCUAAAGACCCUUCUCUUGUUUCUUCUAAUGAUUCGCUAAGCUUGCAGAAGGACGGCUGGACUUUAGACACUAAUAGAAACCUAUUUACAAACUCCACCACAUCAGAUACAGAAGGAAGUGAUGUAGAUAGUUCUCCAAAAAAUAUAUCCACUGUUAAAAGAAAUCCUAAGCAUGUAUUAUCGCCUCGUUGCAAAGUUCCUGAAAGCCCUGCAUGCAAACCAUCUACUUGUUAACCGUGCACCAUUUUGUUACAUAACAUUAAAAUAUAAGGUUGUUUCCUCAUUUAUCUAUAAAUCAUGAUUGUACAUAAUGUGAAUCUCUUUUAAAAUUAUUGUUUUACAAUUUUUUUACAAUGUAAUAGUUUAAACAUGUUUAUAUUUUUGAUAAACAUAUGUUUUCUACAAAUUUUCAAUGUUAUAUAUAUUUUUAUAACUUUUUUUAUAAAUUGUUGAAAAAUUGAUAACUUUCAUGAUUGAAAAUGUUAAAAGAUAAAAAUUUUGCAAGAUCAUCCUUUAUAUUUAUUAAACUUGUUCAUAAGUUUG